GAGGUAGGCUGCGGAGCAACAUGGAGGUUCAGAUGUUGCUCAGCCGCCAUUGAAGCAGGAAGGCCACAGUGAUAGCGCGCCCAAAAACAGCCUUUUAUUUUUCAGUUUUCCUUUGUUGUUGCUUGUUUUAGGACUACUUUAGCUUUAAGAUGGACAUGAAGAAGCGCAUCAGCAUGGAGCUGGGGGACAGGGACCCCUCCGAGGUGCUGGAGCUUGACGUGCACAGCUGUCGGUCUGCCGACGGAGAGGUGGAAGGCCUGACCGACGAGUACAAGGAGCUGGAGUUCCUCAGUAUGGUCAGCGUGGGCCUCAGCUCGCUGGCCAAGCUACCGCCGCUGCCCAAGCUGCACAAGCUGGAGGUGAACAACAACGCCAUCUCCGGGGGUCUUGACGUGCUGGUGGCCAAGUGCCCCAGCCUGAGCUACCUCAACCUCUGUGGGAACAAGAUCAAGGACUUUGCUGCCCUGGAAGCCCUGCGGAACCUGAAGAGCCUCCAGAGGCUGGAGCUGAUUGGCUGCGAGGUGACGACCCUGGACGACUACCGGGCCAGCGUGUUCGACCUGCUGCCCCAGAUCGUGUACCUGGACGGGUACGACCCCGAGGACAACGAGGCCCCGGACUCGGAGGAGGAGGACGACGAUGAUGAGGCCGGUCCCACGGGGGAUGGGGAUGACGACGAUGAUGACGAUGAUGAGGAUGACGAGGGGUCAGACGGCGACGACGUCGGCCUGUCUUACCUGAUGAAGGACGGCAUUCAGGACGAAGAGGACGAUGACGACUACGUUGAGGAGGAUGAUGAUGAUGAGGGUGGAGCAGCAGCUGCAGCGGGGGUGCCGGCGGGGGAGAAGAGGAAGAGGGCCCCCGAGGACGAGGGCGAGGAUGACGACGACGAUGACGACGAUGACGAAUAGAUCCAGCAGGGGGCGCUGCUGGUCCUAUAAUUAUCUAGAUGUUACCAUAGAAACUGACCAGGGUUUUCCCACAACGUUUGUCUACAACAUGUUGUUUUUUUUAAUCAUUUGUGUGUGUGUGUGUGUGUGUGUGAGUGUGUGAGUGUGUGUGGGCGUGUUUGUGUGCGCGCGUGUGGAGCUACAGACACUGGGGGUUCUGAAACUGGAACUUUUACGCCACGUUUACACCGGUGCAACCAGUCAGGACACCGGUGGAACCGAAUCUCUUACUGGUUUACAAGAAAAAUCACUCAUCCUUCAGGUGACCCAGAUACUUCAAACCGGAGGCACAGAUUCACGUCUGAUUGGACCGUAAAACGUCCUCCAUCCCACCUAGGCCUGUCAAUCUGUCCGACUCUGAGUUCCUCUGCCGUACCCGCCCCCCACGGCGGGCAGAUUUCCGUUCAGAGUUCAGCAUUAACCCAAUCGCCUCCGACUCGUCCCUUCCCUGUCCUCCACGUUUUGGGUCCCAGCCCCGUCUAGCUCGCGUUGAGUUCCAGCCCCCCUCCGUGCCCUCCACCGUUCAGGUUCCAGAUACUUCCACCGCUUCAUAGACGACCUGUAAAUAGAGUUCUCUCCUUGUCAGUUAUUUUUGAUUUGCUCCCGUGUGUUUCCUGCCUCCUUUACACCGGGCCGUGGGCUAACGGAAACUUAGUCUUUCAAAGGGUUCUUUUAUUUUUUUAUUUUCUUGCCUUCAGAUUAUGUCAUGUCUGAGGUUUGUGUGUUGUAACCUUCUGGCAAGUGUUUUGGAAUAAAAAUCUAAAUGUUCGUCUUUGUUUGGUAUCGUAAAUGUGUGGCUUUUGGCAUCAUGUAUCUAAAAUGCUGGCCUGUUGCUGAAAAUGAUGUGUAUCCAAGUUCACUAAAAGUUGCUUUGUAUAAAAGCAUAUUCUAAAUUUA